UCGGCUUCCGGCUUCUGGCUUGUGGCUGUUACGGGACGUGGAGGACCUGUUCGGCUAUUGGAACAGUUUAACACAAAACAUGGAUAUCAGACCAAAUCAUACAAUUUAUAUCAACAAUAUGAAUGACAAAAUUAAAAAGGAAGAAUUGAAGAGAUCCCUGUAUGCCCUGUUUUCUCAGUUUGGCCACGUGGUAGAUAUCGUUGCUUUGAAGACCAUGAAGAUGAGGGGACAAGCCUUUGUUAUAUUUAAGGAACUGGGCUCAUCUACAAAUGCCUUGAGACAGUUACAAGGAUUUCCAUUUUAUGGCAAACCAAUGCGAAUCCAGUAUGCCAAAACAGAUUCUGAUAUAAUAUCUAAAAUGCGUGGCACUUUUGCUGACAAAGAAAAGAAAAAAGAAAAGAAGAAAGCCAAACCUGUGGAACAGGCUGCAGCAACUGUGAACAAAAAGCCUGGUCAGGGAACACCAAAUUCAGCUAAUACCCAAGGAAAUGCAACACCAAAUCCUCAGGUUCCUGAUUACCCUCCAAACUACAUCUUAUUCCUUAAUAAUCUACCAGAAGAGACUAAUGAGAUGAUGCUCUCCAUGCUGUUUAAUCAGUUCCCUGGUUUCAAGGAAGUACGUUUGGUACCUGGGAGGCAUGACAUCGCUUUUGUUGAAUUUGAAAAUGAUGGACAGGCUGGAGCUGCUAGGGAUGCUCUGCAGGGAUUUAAGAUCACUCCGUCCCAUGCCAUGAAGAUCACCUAUGCCAAAAAAUAACAUUUGGGAUAGCUGUCUUUAAAGGACUCAGUGUUAUUUAUAGCUUUCGUUUUGAUAACAUUUGAUCAGUUCAUUUUAAUAGCUGGGAAAGGGGAAGUGUAUGUGAGCUUUUUGUAAAGGAUUUAAAAGGUUACGUAGUCUCUGUUUAGCCUUAGUGAACUGUGAAGGCCUUAAUUUUGUACAAUAAAAUUUUUAUUAGUAUUCCUUAUCUAGUAUUUCAUUUAUUGACCCACUGCCCUAUCAC